AUGUUAAUAUUCCAGACUAUAAUGAUUUUGAAGGUACUUAGACCAAUUCAUGGAUUUUUUGUCAACUGUGCAAGUCCAACUGAUGUAUUUCUUCAAGUGUGUGGUCCUAUUUUGGAAAAUAUCUGUGCACAGUCUAAUUUGUAUGCCACUCAACGAGGGAAAACUUUGAAUUUAAGAAUUGAAGAAUUGAAAGCUUUUAUUGGUAUUAAUUUUGUAAUGGGAUAUAAUAGAUUACCAUCCUGGAAAGAUUAUUGGUCAACAAGUAAUGAUUUAGGUGUAAAAAUAAUUUCUGAUGCUAUGAGUCGAAAGCGGUUUGAUGAUAUUUUGUGUUUUUUGCAUAUUAAUAACAAUAAUGCUAAGACUUCUGAUAAUAAGGAUAAACUUUUUAAACUAAGACCACUGCUUGAUUCUAUUAAUAUUAGAUUCAUGGAAUUAUAUAAAGUGACUAGAGAAGUGAGUGUGGAUGAGUCAAUGGUUUUAUUCAAAGGACGUAGCUCAAUAAAGCAAUACAAUCCAAUGAAGCCAAUAAAAAGAGGUUAUAAGAUAUGGUGUUUGGCUGAUCAACAUGGAUAUAUAAGUAAGUUCUCUGUUUAUCAAGGGAAAGAGGAAGUAAUUGAUGACUUUGUGGAUUUUGGUUUGGGUGAGAGAGUAGUUCUAAACCUAACAAAGCCUUAUUGGAAUAAAGGAAUGAAGCUUAGUGAAUCAAAAUUAACUGUUCUUCAGUUUCGAAGAGCAGUUGCCCAAGGACUAAUAACACAAGGUAAAUGUGGCCUAAAAAGAACAACGGAUAUAUCUCCAGGGACUUCAAAAGGUAGACCAUGUCUACAACCAAGAAGGGGCAAACAGUUGUUUUCAACAACUUCAGAUGUGAG